AUGGUAUUAAUUCAGUGGCAUUUUUAUUUUUAUUUUUCUCUAAAUUUUCUAUUAUAUAGAGCUGCUGCUGUUUAUUCAAUUCAAUGUUGUACAGGUGAUGAUAAUACAUGUUCAUCAAAACCUGUUGAUUGUCCUUCAAAUAUUUGUUUUAAAUUAGUAAUUAAUAAAGUAACAGAAGAACGUGGAUGUCUUGAUGAUUUAAUAAAAUUAUUAAAUUUUGCAAAUAAAGAUAGUCGAACAUUUAAUAAUGAAAAUGGAUUAACAAGUGGUUCAUCGAAUGAUCAGUGUCAUAAAUUAGGUGCACAUGCAAAUAGUAUGUCACUAUGUAAAUGUACAAAUAAUUUAUGUAAUUCAACCUCAAAACAAAUUCAAUUCAUAAAUCCGGUUUUCAUUUUUAUUAUUUUUAUUCUCAAAUAUUUUCUACAUGUCUUUCUUUAUUAA